CGCUCCGUUGUCGAGGCAACAUCUGUGCCGCGCGCCGCGAGUGUAUCGACAUAAUAGUGCUGUGUUGUGAGUGCCAGUGAACCGGAAAUGUUACUAUUGUGAUACACAACUUGUUAUAAUGGCAUUAAAAAAGGAUUUCGACAUAAACAAGAACAUAUUCAAAAUAAAACUCCCUAAAACUGUGAAGUUCCAACAGGCUAUCGACAAGAUAUUCAAAAAGAACAACUACACCAAAAUAGUGCAAAGUUAGGUACACUAAUUGUUGUAUAGACUCGUCAGGAUAAAUGGCCGGUGAAUUUAGUGCACAUAUUAGUAGAAGUAGUACACACAACACUAGAGCCGAGCCGCCGGACCGUAACAAGUCGCCGAACUUUAUAACUGACGAAACUGAGUUUGUGGGGAAAGGAAACAUUCGGACGUCCACACCGAUCAGCAAGCACAGGAGGAGCAGGAGCAAGAGCGGGACUAGGAACGCGAUACCACUGAGCUUGUCAGACGAACACUUUUAUGAGGAUUUAGAGGCGUACGUCAGAGAAAUGUCGGCGACGAGGCAGGCUGGCGCAGCCAUGGAGGCGGGGCAGGAGCAGGACUUGUGGUCACAGCUGCAGCAGAAGGAGUCCGACCUCCUGCUGGCCGCCGAGCUCGGGAAGGCGCUGUUGGACAAGAACGAGGAGCUCAAGAAAGAACAAGAGCGCGUGACGGAAGAGUACUCGAAAAAACUAGAGGAGCUGGAGCAGGAGAAGCACCUGCUGCGGCGGCGGCUGGACACGACACAGGGCGAGUACGAAGCCCGGCUGCUGGAGCUACAGAACGACAUCAGGGAGCUCACCUCCAAGAUCGAUUCCAGAGACACGUCUGUCAAACAGCGUGAUGAGGAGAAAGCCAGUCUAAUAGCAGAACUGACAGCCCAGAACUCCAGACUGACAGUCCAGCUGAAGGAGUCUUCAGCAACAGAAGCCAACCUGCUGGCACAGCUGGAGGGACUCAAGGACCAGUGUUCCAUGAGGAAGACCAGUCUACAGGACCAUGUACAAAGCUUAGAAUCCUUGAAAUCGGAGCUGGCGAUGGUGACAGACAAGAAGUCAGACCUGGAGCGGAGGCUGACAGGCUCCCUGCAGGACAAGGAGAACCUCAUGCAGCAGCUGGACGAGGCCAACGACAGGAUCAGGGCGCUGGAGAGGCAGCUUAAAGAACAGGAACACCUUUACCAAAACACACUUAAAGAACUGGAGCGCCUGCAGCGAUCCCACGACACCUUAGCCGAGAGGAUCGGCGCCCCAGACCCCAUAGACACGACGGACACCGCCCGGUCCCUGCACGCGGAGAUGGAGGCCGGCCCUGAUGAGGACGACAGCUGGCUCAGGAGCGAGGCCAUACAGGUGUACAAGGAGCUCAGGACGCUAGCCCUGCAGCUGAAUACGGGGCAUGAUGAUGACUCAGGUCUCCACUCAGACCUAUCGCUGACGUCACUGGACGGCGAGGAGGGCGAGACGUUACGGCGCGGGGCGCUGGCCGCCGCAUGCGCAGACGCAGUCGCCGCGUACGCGACGCUCGAGGGAUCCCGCGUGAGGGACUCUAUCGCCGCGCAUGCGCGACGCGCGCUGGAGCGGGAGCGACAGAUCGAUGAGAAGAAUGAAAUCAUUGCUGAUCUCUCGUCUAAGUUGUCAGUGGCCGAGGUGGAACUCCGUGCAGCAGCAGAGGAGCGUGACAAACUGCUUAACGAUGCCAACUACAGCAGCCUGCAGAACGACGAGGCUGUCACCAAGGCGCGCCAGGAGAGGGACGAGGCCAUCGAGAGGAAGAAGGCUGCUGAGGUGGCUUUAGCGAAGACCAGAGUGGAACUAAUGCAGGCGAACAGCCAGCUGUACGAGGCGGUGCGCCAGAAGGUGGACCUUGGACAGCAGCUCGAGCAGUGGCAGAUGGACAUGCAAGAGCUGAUCGACGAGCAGAUGAAGCACAAGCUGACCACCCAGGAGAAGCGCAGGAAGCUCCCGGAACAGCCGCCGCCCACCAGGACCUCGCGACUCCUUGGAUUUUUUCACCGGUGAUCUGUUGUACCCCACUCUUGGUGCGUCUCUGUGAAGCCGCAGACCACACUACCAUAUCAACCCUCUACCUUAUCAUCAUCAAAUACUACCAUACAACUACAUUACCAGCUGCCUACAGCCUAUUUUUAAUACUUUUGUACAAAAAUCUGUCAAAAUUGCUAGUAGCGACCGCCAUCUUGAUUUACCGUACGGACGCAUUCGCGAUCACCGAAUUUUUAGGUUAUGUUCUAAUUUUAUUUUAUAAACCGUGUGAUUUUUAUACUAUCGCAGUGAUAGUUAGUAUCGUAGUUAGAUUGGUUUUAAUUAGUUUACAAUUACUUUUUAAUGUUUUAUUGUGUAUUUUUAGUUUUUCACUGUAAAAUGGCUGUAUGAUUUGGCACUCGGGCAUUCUUCAUAUUCCUUUGGGGCGGAUUUAGUACAACAGAUUAUUAUGACGGACAGAAAUCCAAGAGAAAUAAUAUCUUCGGUCCGUCGUAAACGAUUAACGAUAGAUUUAUGUAAAAACGAAUUGUUCAGAACGAAAAAUGAACACUAACGUAAUGUAAGUCAUUAAUCCGCCAUUUUAAUACGUCAGCCAUUUUAAAUCUUAACGUACCCAUUGCUUUAUUUGUAAAUAACAUUUUAAUUAUUGAGAUUACCUUAACUAUGUAUUGUAUAGUUGGUACUUAAAUACGUAAAUCGUCACUUCAAGUGAGAUGUUUGGUGCACCUAAAGUGUAAAAUUAGAUUUACCGCCUGUUCUACCACGAAUAAUAUAUGGGUAGAUUUUUUACCGCAGAUCAAUUUACAAAGUGAAUACAAAGGGACUGAGUUAUAUGAUUAGAAAAAAAUCAUAAUUCUGUAAAUUCCUUAAUGUUCGUUUAAAUUUUGGCCUCCGUUAUAUGAAAUUGUGCAAAUGGCUGUGGUCUGUUUCUGGACAAUAACAAGAUAAGUAAUAAAAUCUGAUUUCCAGAUCAGACAUUAUAAUUGGAUUUUUCUAUUAGAAAAAAUCUUAAUUAAUAAUAAGGUACGAAUUGGAUUUGUAAUGGUUUAACCUAAUUUAGGGACCCUAAAGUUUUAAGGGCCUUUCAGAUAUAAAUUAUUUAAAUUAUACAAAAAUCUCUAUUAAUAUAAUUCAGUUAAUAUUUGUUAUGUCUAUAACUCAGUAUCUUUUAACAAACAAACAAAGAAAAGAAGUACUCUGUCUUUCUCUCUUUCCCCAAAUUUGGUACAAAAUGGGCCAAUAACGAUAUCCUAUUAAAAUGUGGUGGAACAGGUUUUUAGAUAAUAAUAAUAAUAGAUUGCUAAUUAAUGAAGAACAUUUAAUAGCCAUAUUAUUUACAUUACUAUGUCUACUGGAUAUAAGAUCCACUUUAACGGUUAAGGUCUAAAUUGUCCGGAGAUUUUAUAUAGGUAGGUAUUGUCUGGUUAUUUUAUGCAAUAUUCAGUAUUUUUUAGUUUGCCCGACUCUGAGUUUCUCUAUCAGUUGUAGGCAUUGGAUGCGCAACUAAAACACAAGGAUGCUGAUGCACACAUCUAUCAAAUAUAAUAUAAUGUAUAUCGCACAGUGUGCUUGGCGUGGUGACCUUUCCGUGCAGUCAAGAAAAUUAUGGCAGGCACUGCAUGUAAAGAAUGGCCAUAAUAUCCAUAUUUUCUAUGUUUAAUGCUGAUAAUGAUUCAGAUACUACCAAACUUACCGCGGACAAUAUCGACAUUAACCAACAAGUGUGUAACGAACGCAAAUCGUUCCUAAUCUGGUGGAUUUAUUAGAAUAAUUUGUGUGUAGUUAUAUUCACGAGUAUGUAUAGUAGUUAAAUAAAUAUCACAUAUUUAAACAAUAUAUUUUGAGUUCUGCAAUAGUAAUUUAGUAGGUACUUAAGUGUUUGUGCCUUAAGAAGUACCUGGCCUUAAAAAGUGCCUUUCUAGUAAAGUCAAUUGUAUUUAUUAUGAAUAUACCGAUGCAGCCUUAGAAAAUAAAUGGUGAGUUUACACACUGAAAGAUCAAUUAACGAACUAGUUUAUAAACUGUCUUGUGAACUAGUUGAUACGAUCAACUAGUUCACCGACUAGUUGAAAUAAUUUAUUUGGCCGUUAAUGUUUAAGCAAAAUACAAUUUUUGGAUGGUGGAUAUGGUAGAUGUAACUUUUUAUUUGUGCACGCGACUUGCCAAAAAUAUACUUAUCUAAUACCAAACCUUAAAUUGUAUUGGUCUCGGUAAUUUUUAUACGCAAGGAAAACCGCACAGAUUCCCUCUUGAUAACCUGUGAAAGUGUUAUUCUUUAUGCUUAUUACAGAAAAGUUACGUAUAUCGUACACACGAUUGAAACUAUAUUAUACCUACUUGAAUUUGCAAAUUACUUUUAGUUAAGAGAGUACUUAAUAAAAUCUUGGAACAACCAACGCUCUCUUUAUAUGCAUUUGUGCAAUAAAACUUGUGAAACUCUACCACGAGUCUGUAUAAGUUCAGUUAAACAGGAACAGUCGUCUCCAAAAGUCUUUGAACGGUUAUUUUAAAAGAACUAAUGAAAAUUCCGUCGGUACAAUUUCAGUUAAUGUACUAGUACAUACUAUUUGGUUAUUCGACUUUUGCUUUCGACUGUAUCUUCUAUCACUAUGUACGAACAUGCUCAAGUAUAUUUAAUUCAUACACAUAAUGCUCAUAACUUGAACGUUUUCUUGUUAAAUACAAAUCAAAAUGAAGAAAAACUAAAUACUUAGUCAAUAUAAUGAAACUCAAACAGAUUGCUUGAACGAGCAAUUAUGCUAUCAAAUAGUAAUCAUGAACAUUAACAAAAACUGUAAAAUGUGGAAUAAAUAAUUUAAGUUCGUUCCUCAAAAUGGCGACAGAGGCGCUAGUGCGCAUGCACGUCAGAGAAUUUUAAUUACAAAGGUAUUGCAAAGGAAAAAGCUCAUUCAUCCUCAAAUAUAUUUUUGUUUACUUAACAAUGCAAUAGGAUAAUGCAAAAGCAAUUAAAAACUGCAAUAUGUAUUUUAUGUGUAUAUAAUAUUAUGUAUAGAAUAUUAAACAAUAAACUCUAUUCUUUAUGUCAUUGUAAUAAGAUUUAAAAUAUAUUUGUCACCAAUAAAUGAGAUAUUACAUUAUUGUACUUAAUUUAUUUUUAAGACUGAACUAAUUAUUGAAUUAAAAUAUUGAUUUUAUAUUUGCUGUAUUCGAAAUUAAUUUUAUUUGAAAAUCAUUCUGUAUUCACAAUAAUUCUUGUAUUUAAUUUUUAUUUUCUAAGCACAAAACACAGUUAUGGCGAGUGUAACUUCUUAGUCAUUCCAUUUUUAUAUUAAUUAUUGGGGUUUAUUACAUUAGAAACAUUUUUUUUUUUUAAUUAAGUGCCUUCAAACGCCUUAUAGAAUAUUUCCGAGCCUAAGUAAUUAUUUUGGAUAACAAAUCUACACAUAUUUGUAUACAUGUAAAUCGAUGUCGUAUUUUAUUCAUUUUUCCUACAUAAUAGUUAAAUAUUAAAAUUAUUUUUCCUCUGAAAUAACAUAAUCAUUUUUACUUUUUAAAAAUGACCGUAUGUUACGGGGGAAAAAUGUUUUUAGCAUUUUGAAUUACUAUGUAGGUGUUGCCUGAAAAAAAUAUAAAAAUUAGCAACUUCUUUGAAAUGUCAACUAAAAACUUAAAAGUAAAAAAUCCUAAUAAUUAUUUAUGUAUGUUAAUAUAUUGCAACAUGAAUUAACCUUUGUUUUAUUCGCAAGUGUACUUAAAAAAACACAUUUCUUAAGUACUUAAUUAAUCCUAAUUUGUAAGAUCUUAAUAGUGACUAGAAAUAUCAUUAUGAAUAAUUAAUUAUGUUUAUGAAAUUAAUUAAUAAAGAAUGAGUUUAAACUGA